AUGGGCAAAGGCAAAGUUGAAAACGUGGGUAUCCACGCUAUGGAAAUUUACUUUCCCUCGCAAUAUGUUGAUCAAGUGGAAUUGGAAAAAUAUGAUGAAGUCGCUGCUGGGAAAUAUACAAUUGGUUUAGGGCAAAGUAAAAUGGCAUUUUGCACAGAUAGAGAAGAUAUUAACUCCAUCUGUCUCACAGUGCUUCAUAGACUUGUUGAAAAGAACAGCAUUAACCUUCAUGACAUUGGACGCCUUGAGGUUGGUACUGAAACAAUUAUUGAUAAAAGUAAAAGUGUAAAAACAUUUCUUAUGACCCUGUUUGCCAAAGAAGGUGCAACAGAUAUUGAAGGCAUAGACACAACUAAUGCCUGUUAUGGAGGGACUGCAGCAUUAUUUAAUGCUAUUAAUUGGGUGGAAUCAUCUUCAUGGGAUGGAAGGAAGGCUAUUGUGGUUGCUGGAGAUAUUGCAGUAUAUGGUAAAGGUCCAGCUAGACCUACUGGAGGAGCUGGGGCAGUUGCAAUGCUCAUAGCUCCUGAUGCCCCUUUAGUGUUUGAUUGUGGAGUUCGUGCUUCGUACAUGACCCAUGCCUAUGAUUUCUACAAACCCGAUCUUGCAUCUGAAUUUCCUUAUGUUGAUGGGAAGCUUUCUAUUCAGUGCUACCUUAGUGCAUUGGACAACUGCUAUAAUUUAUUUUCUAAAAAAAUGAGGGCCAUAGAUCCUAACUUUAAAGGUUUAUUGAGUCUAGAUGGAAUGCUAUUUCACUCACCAUAUUGUAAAUUAGUUCAAAAAUCAUUGGCUAGAGUGAGUUUUAAUGAUUUCCUAAAUACACCUUAUGAAGAAAGAGAAAGUAAAUUCCCUGGUCUCUCACAGUUCAAUGAGUUUAAGCGGGAAAACACAUAUUUUGAUAGAGAUGUUGAGAAGGCAUUUAUGACCUACAGUAAGGAUUUAUUUGAAGCAAAAACAAAACCUUCUCUGCAUUUGGCUAGAAAUGUGGGUAAUAUGUACACUCCAUCUUUAUAUGGUGGUCUUGUAUCCUACCUAGUAAGCAAGUCUCCAGAACAAUUAAUUGGAAAAAAAUUUGCUUUAUUCUCAUACGGAUCAGGUUUAGCAUCAACUAUGUAUUCAAUUAACAUUUGCAAUGACAUGAGCGCUGGAUCAAAGUUGGAGAAAUUAAUAAAUUCUGUUAAUGAAAGUGUGUCACUAUUAGAGAAACGUAUGAGUGUAGAACCACAAAAGUUCUCGGAUUAUAUGCAAGUUAGGACAGAAAACUACCACACUGCUCCAUAUGAGCCCUCGGGACCAGUGGACACACUUUUUCCCGGUACAUACUAUCUCAUUAAAAUUGAUGACCAAAGAAGGCGUACAUAUGAUAGAAAAUUGUAG